GGGCAAAGCAACGGAUAACUGUGCACUCUGACAGUCAGCAUACGAAUGGCCGAGUAAAACCAAGAAGUGCUGCGCCAAGGAGCCUUGAACCAAUACAGAAGGCAUCCGCAACGGUAAAUUCUGGAAGCGAUUCCGUAUUGCACACAAGUUAGUUGCGCAUAUGAAUGAAACAAUCGUGGCUUUCUGGAGCCAAACGAUGCGCUCGUGUUGACUGUGAGUGUCGGGGCCACUUUGGAGCGCUAAAAUGUUUAGGACCGCCAGAUUUGCUCUUGUGCUUUUGUGUAGUGCACUUGCAGGAGCUCAAGAUGACUCCCUCGCAGGAAGCUUUCUUUCAGGCCUUUUGGACACAAUUACUAGUACUGCCGAUGCAAAAGACUGUCCAGGAGUAUGCGUUCAUGCUUUAGCAACAAUAAUUUGUUACGACGUCUUAGAAGAUGUUGUAUGUCCAUCAUCAUCAAUGAAAUGUUGUGUGGAACCUCCCGCACCUAACUCAACCGAAAAAGCUCCACCACAAACCACAACACCUAAUCAAACAACGACAAUAACCACCACAACAACUGAAAAAACAACUAGUACAACAAUAGCACCAACAACAAAUAAUACCUCAAAUCAGAUAGCCUCCGACGAGAAAAUAAAACGGAAAAAUUCCAACAGCAGUAAAGAAGAACCUGCGUCGGUGAAAGCAUGUCCCGGUGUAUGUGUGGCUGAACGAAUCGCCGAUUACUGCGAGGCGAUUCUACCAACUGAAGAUUUAUGCAAACCGAGCUUGAAGUGUUGUGUUUCAAGUGACGCUUUCGGUGACAAAAUUCCACCAAAUCUAAUAAUCCCUAACAAAACCAAAAGCAACUACACUAGAACUGAAGUACGAACGACACCAAAACCAAGUACCACCACAAUCCGAACUCAAGAAAAACCCCCCUCGUUGAAACAUCCCCCAAAACCCUGUCGUGGAGAAUGUGUCAGUGGACUUUUCGCUUUGUUCUGCGACGAUAUUGAUUCCGAAGCCGAUUGUCCUUCUGAAGGAAGUUGCUGUAUCACUUCACCUAGUGAGGAAACGAUUACUACGACAAGUCCAAGACCGACAACCCCCGAUCCUGGACCCCGGUGUCCCGGUUUCUGUCUUUUGACUAUCAUGGCAGCUUUCUGUGAACGACCAUCAGUUUUAAUCCCUCAUACUUCGAAUUGUAAAAGAGGGUCUGUCUGUUGUGACAACACACGGGCUGCAGUCACACUCGCCAGACCAAAACCACGACCACAUCAACCACCCAUUACUACCACCACCACAACAGUUGAUCCCAGAAGCGAAUGUCCUGGAUCAUGCAUUGUCUCCUAUCUGAGUUUCACCUGUUUCCGAAAUGCGGAAAUGACUGAACUUUUUAAAUGUCGAAAAUCUGGAACGAAAUGCUGUGCCCCAAAAUCGCUAAUUAAGGAAGCUUUAGGCCAGAAAGAGGAGUCUACACAUAAGGAAAGCAUUCAAGUCACUAUCGAUCACACAACAGUGUCUGUACUUAAUGCUUCUCAAGCAUUGGAAUCAACAAAAGUCCUUUCAACAACCCAGAAACCUCCAAUUUACAGUAAAUACGUAUGUGGAGUUAAAGGUACUUCUCGAUCUGGUAGAGUUGUUGGUGGUGAAGACGGUGAGCAGGCUGAAUGGUGUUGGCAAGUUGCUUUAAUUAAUUCUCUCAAUCAGUAUUUAUGCGGAGCAGCUUUAAUUGGAACGCAAUGGGUUUUGACAGCUGCACAUUGUGUGACAAAUAUUGUACGAUCAGGUGACGCAAUAUAUGUGAGAGUUGGUGAUCACGAUUUAACGCGGAAAUAUGGCAGUCCCGGAGCGCAAACUUUAAGAGUUGCCACAACUUAUAUACAUCAUAAUCAUAACAGUCAGACUUUAGACAACGAUAUUGCCCUGUUGAAACUCCACGGACAGGCAGAAUUAAAAGAAGGAGUUUGUUUGGUGUGUUUGCCGGCAAGGGGAGUUAGUCACGCUGCAGGGAAAAGAUGUACGGUUACGGGAUAUGGUUACAUGGGAGAAGCCGGUCCUAUUCCGUUGAGGGUAAGAGAGGCCGAAAUUCCCAUUGUGAGCGAUGCGGAAUGCAUCAGGAAGGUUAACGCCGUUACGGAAAAAAUAUUUAUUUUGCCAGCUAGCAGUUUCUGUGCAGGAGGGGAAGAAGGCAACGAUGCCUGUCAGGGUGAUGGUGGAGGGCCGUUGGUGUGUCAAGACGACGGUUUUUACGAAUUAGCCGGUUUAGUAUCUUGGGGAUUUGGUUGUGGUCGUGUAGAUGUUCCCGGCGUAUAUGUAAAAGUUUCUUCAUUUAUUGGAUGGAUUAAUCAGAUAAUUAGUGUUAAUAAUCUUUAUUGGACCAAACCCAUCCCUUACCCUUUGAUUACUGUAAAAAGGGUCGAUGUCUUCAAGUGGUGUACUAGCCAAUUCCGGAGGAAAGGUACUGUGAAGACGUACUGGCAAGGGCAACCCCUGCUCCAGAGUUGGAUCAGGUUGGGGACCUUCAUCUUCGUCCUCGUCCUCAUACCGAAUCUGCGAAAUAAAAGUAGUAGGCAAAACAGGAAGUCGAAGAUAAAAACGUGGCAUCAAUUUUAUAAAAAUUAUUCGAGCGACUGGUCUUCGUGUGUCUGUAUCAAUAAAAACAUGAACGUUUCAUUGAUCAUUAUUGUGAUAUCGACAAUUAUUUUAAAAGAAACAGUGAGUUUAUCCAUCAGAAAUAAUGAGCAAGUUUUAGUAAACAGACCGUUCAAAAAUGUUAGUACAUCUCCGAGCGAAUUUGAACAUUUCCGUCGGAAAAGAUAUCUCGGCUUGAGUAAACGCUUUAAGAUUAACAAGAGAUAUCAGGAAUGUGUCGCGCCCGACGAUGCAAAAGGCCAUUGCAAGCACUUAGUUUUCUGUCCAAUUUCAGUGUUGAAAAACACGAAAAAUGUCCUCGAUUCUUUGUGCGUCAUCGAGCGAAUGCACGUCGGUGUUUGUUGUCCUGAUGAUAUUGCAUUAAGUGGAUUAGCAGGUUCCCAAAUUAUUUUAGAUCUACCCGGAGGUGGUGACGAUUACGAUGAAAAAGAUAACACUACAGGCUGCGGAAUUCCGAUUGAGGGAAACCCCGGCCGGAAAUCGAUAGGUCAGCAAUGGCCUUGGAUGGCCGCACUUUACCGACCCAAGCAAUUAGCCCAAGGUUUAGAACAACAAUUCUGCGGAGGAGCUCUUAUCACGGAAUAUCACGUAUUGACAGCGGCUCAUUGCACUAUGGGACUCACGCCCGAUGAAAUACGCGUUCGUUUAGGCGAAUAUAAUUUUGCCAACUCGAAUGAGACACGUUCCAUUGAUUACAUGGUGGAAUCAAUCACCGACCACGAAGAAUUCGAUAAAGCAACCUAUGCUAAUGACAUUUCAAUUAUCAAAAUGCGCAAACCGACUAGUUUUAAUUCAUAUAUCUGGCCCAUUUGCCUCCCUCCCAUCGAUAAAGAUUUUGAAAAGGAAGUUGCGAUUGUCGCUGGAUGGGGACAAGUUUAUUAUUCGGGACCCGUCAGUCAGGUACUUUUGCACGUACAAGUGCCUGUGUGGACACUCGAAAAUUGCUCCAAUUCUUUUCUACAAAGGAUCACCGAGAAUAAUUUAUGCGCUGCAGGCUACGAUGGCGGAAAAGAUUCAUGUUUGGGUGACUCCGGAGGACCCCUGAUGUUCCAGCUGGACAAUGGACGCUGGAUUACCAUAGGAAUUGUAUCCUGGGGCAUCGGUUGCGGAAAUAAAGGUAGUCCAGGCAUUUACACCAAAGUCAGCAGUUACAUUCCCUGGAUUAUCAAACACACGAUAGCCAAAUAAUUUUUAUCCAGACAAAUAUUGUAUCCAUGACAAAUUAACCAAAUAAAUUUUAUGCCUUAAAUCUCUCACUAUCAGCGUGAUUGCUU